CCACCGCCAGGGGAUAUUUCCUGGCCGAUGGCUAUCUUCUGGAGGAUGCGACCUCACAGUGUCUCUACCUCCCUCCCAUGCUUCCCAUGGCCACCGUGCCCCUGGUGUUUUCCUGGCCGCGCCCUCUUCCUCCUCGGCGCAGCUCUUUCUCUCUCUGUUACUCAGCUCCCCACGCGCGCCUGCAUCCCUGCUCGGAUUUUGUUCGUGCCGAGCUCAAUUUCUGGCCAUGCACGGGCGCAGCCGGAAGGCGCUGGUGGCCGUGGCCGCGAUGGUUGGGGGCCGGCCGUCGUGUGCCCCUGCAGCGCACCCUCGUCUUCUCCCCAGCGUCCGGCUGCAGCCCAGCUCGGAGUUUCCUCCGUCCAUCUCCAGCUCGUCGAAUCCCCUCUGCUCACACAUGGCGCUCAGAUCUUCAUCGGCCAUGGCGCCUCGUCCUCGCCUCCUCCGGUUCCUCGCUCCAUGGCGCUCGGCUGCUUCUACUCCCUCCCCUGUUCGCCCAUGGAAGCCGCGCCCUUGCCGAGAUUCUCCCUGCGUCGCGUUCCGAGCUCCCGUGCUCGCGCGCAGCCCCAUGCGUCGGCUCCAGCUCAGCCACCGGCCCACGUUUUCCCCCAACCCUGGCGUGCAUCGCCAUCCCUCGUCAGCAUGGAGAUCCUCUUGUGGCUGCUCCACCUCGACCAAGGACGCAGCGUCUGCAUGACCCUCGGUUCUUGCGUGCCUUGGAUUUGUGGCGCCCCUGCCUCUGCUCCAUUUUUCCCCUGCUCGCUGCAAACAGCCGAGCAGCUCGGCGCGAAGCUCCCUCGUGUACGCACCCAGCCGGAGUCCCUUCCACCCGUGCAGCUCCCUGUUGCGUCACUCGCCGGUGACGGUAGGGCUGACCGUUGGCAGCUCUCCAUCCUUUGGUUGUGCUCGCUGCUGGCCCUGUGGAGAGCUCCUUGCUUCAUCCUCGCCAUGGACACCAUCCUGCACGCGCACGCCGGUUGCUGUCACUUGUGUCAGUUUGCCAAACUUGUAGCUCUAUAUAUGUCGGCGUUUCGAGACCGGGGUCACUAGACCGACGAGUGAAAUGUCGCCGCGUGCCCCAGUCUAGAUUGGUCGGCACGAGACGGAGCGCGAAGGGGGAAGGAGACGGGCGUGAGAGGUGGAAAUCCCGCGGCCUUCGUGUUUGUCCCGCGCCCAGGUUGGGUGCGCUUGCAGUAGGGGGUUACAAGCGUCCACGCGGGAGGGAGUGAGCGGCCUCACGCGAGCGCCUGCCCCGUCCUCUUCCCCGCGCGGCCAACCCUCUGUAAGAGGGCCCUGGUCCUUCCUUUUAUAGGCGUAAGGAGAGGAUCCAGAUGUACAAAGGGGAGUGUAGCAGAGUGCUAACGUGUCUAGCGGAGGAGAGCUAGCGCCCUAAGUACAUGCUAUCGUGGCAGCCGG